CAUAUAAAAUGAGUCAGUGUUGUGUAUAUCAGAACAAACAAGGAGACACACAGACAUUUCUAUAGUGGAAAUUAGGUUUUUGGUCAAUAUCAGAAAGUCUCAGGAGUCAUGGGGACUUCAUUCGUUGGAUACUUUACUUUCAUCUUCUUUCUUCUUGCUCUGAUGAAGGCCAGGGGCAGUCCUGCAUACAGCUCUAUCUUGUCUUCUGAUCUAACAGACUUAAAGAACAUUUUGGAGCGCUUGGAAGCGCCUGCAGAAGAACCAGUGGCCCCAUCCCAAGAUUUAUUUGCUCAGAAUUUUGAUGUUGCCGAUGCUUCUAACUCUGCUCCUUCCUGGACCGGAGAGGCUGUGAGACCCCAAUCUGAUACAGUAUUCAACAGAGGGUCUUCCUGGGAAACACCUGAUAAACUAUCCCGACUAAAAAGCAAGUUAAGAGAGCUUUUAAAUUCACCAAAAAGUUUAAGAAGGUCCUCAGACUGCUUUGGAGGACGCAUUGACAGAAUUGGAGCCCAGAGUGGCAUGGGUUGCAACAGCCAUAGGUUUUGAAAGAAAGAAAACAAUCAGAAGACUGAAGAGGCCUCUUCUGCAAUGACUAGACUAUCUAAUAAAGAAGAAUUAUUUAUGGCACUAUGCACCAAAUUCACAUUUGCAGAAGUGUUUGGCUAAAAAAAUUAUUUUUCUACAUGUAAAUGUCUUUUACCAGAUCACUCACAUCAUUACAGAGUCCCUAAAUAACCUUGGUAAACUCUCACUUCUGGAUGAACAAGCAUUACAUUACAGCAUAAAAAUGAGUUAUAGCCAGGACCUUGGAGAGUAUGCAAUUUUACUUCCUGUGUUUUGUUGUGUAGAACAAAAUAAAUUAUAUUUAUUACUAAAAUGCUUCAGAAUUUCUCAGGUUUGUGUUCCUUAUGGUACCUCUUUAGUGAUUAAUGUAAUUAGUUAUUUUUUUAACUCUCUUUUGACAUGAUCACCUUAAUAUUAGCUUUCAUUAUAAUAAACUCUGUGGUGUUUCUAAAGCGA